AGUAUCAUUCACCAUAACAAUUGCAUAGUAUUCUGUCGACCGCAGUAGAGCAGAUUUUGAUUAUCCAAUAAACUUGGGAUGGAGGAUAUAUCGUCAAAUCAUCGUUCGAUGUAACAGUGAAUUUCACAAAUGACACAACAAUUUAUUAGGCCUAUCGAUCGAUUUCUAAGAAUGCUGGUCUCGGCUAGAAUUUGUUUAUCCCAAAUUCAUCAAAACUAAUUAAAAGGUCGUAUAGAAAUUUGACGCCGAGUGACUUUAAUCACGCCGUCCGAAUAAAUAGACGCAAAUCUACUGAUUCGUAUUUGUAGCUGUCUGUGAGUUGCACAAGUAACAGUUUUUUUAUACAAGAAUUAUAGCGAUGGGUGUGUUGUGGACUUUUAAUACCUUUAGAUUGAAUAAGGACAACAGUGAGAAGGAAUGGCCUCAAGCUUUGGCAAUUGUUAUUGGAUGCCUAUCUGCCCUCACCACUGGUAUGUUAACCUCUUGGUCAUCACCCUUUCUACUAAAAAUCACAAAAGACAAAGAAAACUACGAUAUCUCCGAACAUGAUGCGUCAUUCUUCACCAUUGUCCAUCCAGCAGCCAUGAUUGUCACUUGCGUAAUAUUUUCCAUUCUUUGCGACACCAUCGGCAGAAAGAAGACCUUGCUGCUGAUCUCCAUACCCCACUUGCUCUCAUGGGUCCUGGCUGCGCUAGCUCAGAACGUUUAUGUGUUUUAUGCAUCGAGAAUCUGCGCUGGAAUUGGAGACGGAUGCAUGUAUGCGGCGUUGCCGAUGUAUAUCGGCGAAGUAGCUAGCCCUAAAGUUAGAGGAACAUGGGGAAACUGUAUGGUCUCUGCUAUGUAUUUGGGAGAGUUUCUAAUUCACGUUAUAGGAUGUUUUCUAGGUGUCAAAGAGACUUCUUACGCAUGCAUUCCACUAGUUGGCUUGUUCUUCGUACUUUUCUGCUUCAUGCCGGAGUCGCCUUACUAUUGCGUCAUUAAAGGAAAGGAAGACGAAGCAAAGCAGGCGCUAAAGUUUUUAAAACGUAAGCACAAUAUUGAGGAAGAUUAUGAGAUGCUCAAAAACGAUGUUAAACGUCAAAUGUCUGAGUCAGGAACUUGGAAAGAUUUCUUUAUGAUCAAAAGUAACAGAAAAGCUUUAGUCUCAGCCAUAUUUCUAAGAUCUUCUCAACAACUUGGUGGUACUACUGUGUUUAUUAUGAACACUCAGUUUAUUUUCGAGAAAGCCAAAGGAGGAGUCAGCCCUGAAAUUUCUUCAAUGAUUUAUUUAGGAUUGUGCCUAAUUUUAAAUAUAAUCGUGAUCAUUUUUGUCGUAGAACGAUUGGGUAGAAGACUUUGUUAUAUCCUCUCGCUUUCUUUGUCUGCCAUUCCUCUGCUUGUGUUAUCUAUAUACUUUUUCAUAGAUCAACACGUUCAUGAUGUAGAUAUAAGCUUCUUAAACUGGAUACCGAUUGUAGCGAUGAUUACCUACUUGAUUUUUAAUUCUUUUGGUAUGGCAGUGAUACCGACUCUUAUGUUAGGGGAGUUGUUUUCGACCAGUGUUAAGUCAAAGGCUAUGACUGUGUUGAUGAUUGAUUUUGGACUCAUGAUCUUCGUAACCAAUAACAUUUUGUAUGCGCUACAGUCCGUCAUUGGUCUGUGUGGUCCCUUUCUUUUCUUCGCUAUUUGCAAUAUAAUAUCAACUUUCUUAUCAUUCUUCCUGGUACCAGAAACGCGGGGAAAGACAUUGGAACAAAUUCAGCAAACGUUAAAAAAAGAAAUUUCUGACAAACAUGAGAUUAAGCGAUAGACUUUUUUAUAUGUUAGACAAGCUCAUACAAGCAAUAAAACUAUAAUCAAAAAUAAGCAUGACAGUGACAUUUUUUAAGGAAAAUAAUACGAAAUCGUCAAAUCUUUAAGAAGGGUUGGGGAUCAUGAAGCGAAGAAGAUUUUUACUGAGGCAAAUAAAAAUUUAUUGUUAUAUUAACAUUAAAUUGCUGUAUUUUAAGUAUUUUUUUACAAAUAAAGAACUAUACUUU